GAACUCAGCGCGGGGCGGGCCCUUUCAGCGUCCGGGAGUCCGUUUCCCCGACCCCCAUCCCGCCCCCCUUUAGCUUCCUGUAUCGCCCGCUCUUUAAUGAAACCAACGAGAGGACACCGCCUACGUCUAGAGCAGCCUGGUCAGGAGCGUAACUGAGGGGCCCGUGGACGUGAGAGGAAAGCCGCGUAAGGCUGUGCUUCCCUGCCCUUGAGCCAUUCUAGACGCGGAAAAAUGCUUUCAGAAAGCAGUUCAUUUUUGAAGGGUGUGAUGCUUGGAAGCAUCUUCUGUGCCUUGAUCACUAUGCUAGGCCACAUUAGGAUUGGUCACGGAAACAGAACACACCAUCAUGAGCAUCACCACCUGCAAGCUCCUAACAAAGAAGAUAUCUUGAAAAUCUCAGAGGCUGAACGCAUGGAGCUUAGUAAGAGCUUCCAGGUAUACUGUAUUGUUCUUGUAAAACCCAAAGAUGUGAGUCUUUGGGCUGCAGUAAAGGAGACUUGGACCAAACACUGUGACAAAGCAGAGUUCUUCAGUUCUGAAAAUGUUAAAGUGUUUGAGUCAAUUAAUGUGGACACAAAUGACAUGUGGUUGAUGAUGAGGAAGGCUUACAAAUAUGCUUUUGAUAAAUACAGAGACCAGUACAACUGGUUCUUCCUUGCACGCCCCACUACUUUUGCUGUUAUUGAAAAUCUAAAAUAUUUUUUGUUAAAAAAGGAUCCAUCACAACCUUUCUAUCUAGGACACGCUGUAAAAUCUGGAGACCUUGAAUAUGUGAGUGUGGAUGGAGGAAUUGUCUUAAGCAUAGAAUCAAUGAAAAGACUCAACAGCCUUCUCAAUGUUCCUGAAAAGUGUCCUGAACAAGGAGGGAUGAUUUGGAAGAUAUCUGAAGAUAAGCAGCUAGCAGUCUGCCUGAAAUAUGCUGGAGUAUUUGCAGAAAAUGCAGAAGAUGCCAAUGGAAAAGAUGUAUUUAAUACCAAAUCUGUUGGGCUUUUCAUUAAAGAGGCAAUGACUAACCACCCAAACCAGGUAGUUGAAGGAUGCUGUUCUGAUACGGCUGUUACUUUUAAUGGAUUGACUCCUAAUCAGAUGCAUGUGAUGAUGUAUGGGGUGUACCGGCUUAGGGCAUUUGGACAUAUUUUCAAUGAUGCAUUGGUUUUCUUACCUCCAAAUGGUUCUGAGAAUGACUGACAAAAAGCAAGAGCAUGCAUUUGGUAACCACAUUAAGACAUGUUAUCAUGGUUUCUAAUUGAUAAUGUAUCUAACACAGUAGUGUGUUUCUUUUUCUUAAUCUGGUUACGCUGGUAUAAUCACACAUUGAAGUCUACUUGUACGUUUUCAAAUGGAAUGGUAUUUUUCCCUUAAAUCACAUGUAAGAAAUUUUAAUGUGUUAGAAAUAAAUGUUUUAAGAAUAGCAAUUUUGCAAAUACAUAUUUAUAAAUAUUAUAUUUAUGUGAUGAAGACUAAGUUGUAGACAUUAAAAUCUGUGAUGUAUUAGUUUUAAAUUUUUAAUGUAUCUUUUUAUCUUUCUAAUAUAUGAAAAUGAGAUCUCUAGUGAAUGUGUUUAAAAUGAUACUUUUAGCCCUGUGUUUCCUUUACUUUUCUGUAGGGGUAGGAGCAGGGUCUUACAAUGUAGUCCAGGCUGGCCUAGAACUGGCAGUUCUCCUUAGCCUCCUGAGUGCUAGUGUUAAUGGUGUGUGCCACUAUACCCAGUUGUUUCCUUUACUUCAGAUGUAGAUUUGCACUCUAAGCCACAUCAAUGCCAAUGGGUUUACUCUCCUAAAAUAUACAACAAAGCAGUUAAGGAAGUGUUUGUUACCACUGUUAAAGCUUCAAUGUUAUCCUCAAGAGAAUGUGCAAAUGUUUACAUAGGUUAAGUAAUAUUCCUCAGAGUUAAUUAUGUGGCAUUCCAGAGUGUUCAGUUUCCAUUAACUCUCUACUUUAGCAUUCAGAUCAUGCAUUUGGAAUGGAGGCUAUGAAAAUUGUAAUGUUGUUUAACUGUUUUCCCCCUUAAGCUCUGAGCUGCAGCUUGGAUUAAAUAUAUGACCUGUGAUUUAUUCAUGCCUACUGGACAGUGAGUUCCAUGCAGAUCUCCUUUGAAAAAAACUUGUUUUUUUCUCAUCUGGCUGAUUCACUUACCUAAGUUAAAUGUGGAGUUUUAUUGUUUUAUUGUUUGUUUUUGUUACUUGUGCAAAUUCUGAAAUUUUCCCCAGAUUCAUGAUUGUAUCACACCUAACUGGUUUGGCUUUGUUUCCAUUUUGGGUGGGUAGGCACUAGCCUCACCAUCCAUGUUGGAUUACCAUAUUAUUUGCUUAAUCUCAAGUGAGUACCUAAAAUGUCCACCUAUUGUGGAUACAGUUAUUCCUGUCCUCUUAAAUGUGUAAUAUACUUGGAUCUGGCCUGUCCUAUAAUCUGCUCUCUUCAAUUCAAUUCAUAAGCCCCUUUAGGACGUGAAACUAUUUUUAGAUACAGUAUUCCUUGUAAUUGGCCUUAUGACUCUAAUAAUCUCCUUCAGCUUUAGCAAAGCAGGAUGAAUUUCAGACUAUUGAUCCUCAAGCUAGUGUGUCAAGCCUUUGUUUUAAAUGCUGUCUGGCCUUCUUCCUUGGGAUUUUCAGUUAAGCUGAAGCAUUCUUAAUUUCAAAGAAUCAUAAAUGCUAUUUAAUAAGCACCCUAUUAUGUGGUUACAGAUGCAAUUUCUACAGAUCAAGUUAUGUUCAGUGUGAGUAUAAUGAUUAAAAAUUCUGAGUAUGACUCAUUACCCCUAACACUAAUAUUUUUACAUUUAUUUUAUUGAGGGGCGGGGUUACACAAGUGCACAUGUAGAGGUCAGAGGGCAACUUGUGAGAGUCAGUUCUCUCCUUCCACUAUGUGGGUCCUGGAGAUCAAACUUGUAUUGUCAAUGUUCACAAUAAGCACCUUUACCCACUAAGCCAUCUGUGUGGCUUUAUUUAAAAUUUUCUAUUUUAGGGACCAGAGAGAUAGCUCCCUGUUUAAGAGUACUUCCCAUCUUCCAGAGGACCCAAGUUAAGUUUCCAUUACCCACCCAUAUUGGGUGGCUGACAACUACCUGUAACUCAGGGAUUCACCACCUUCUUUUGACCUCUGCAGACACUUGCACACACAUGACAAAAGAAACACAUACACACAUAAAAUGUAACUUUUUUCUAUUUUUGUUGUGUCACCUUGCCAGCACCAGUAUUUAAAUUUUUCAUCUUUGGGCUGGAGAGAUGGUUCAGCCAUUAAAUGCUAGGCUCAAAACUAAAAAUAUAAAAUUUUCAUCUUUAAUUACAUUAGCCUAUUAAAAUACUAAAAUUGCCAGGCCCUAGCACUCAGUAGGCAGAGGCAGGGGGAUCACUGUGAGUUCAAGGACAGCAUGGUCUAUGUAGUGAGUUCCAGGACAGCCAAGGCUACAUAGAGUGACCUUAUCUCAAAAAUGAAACAAAAAUAUUGGAAUAAAUGUCAGUGACUACACCCUUUUGACUUUCCAGUCAAUAGAUAACAAGGUAAACAUGGGCAUUUAUAUUGCUGGGAGGUGGGUAGCCUUCAGCAGGAGGGCUCCUCCAGCACAGGGCUCAAAGGGAAAUCCACAGAGUUAGCUCGUACUAGACUUAUCUAUCUGAGAGGUUAGGGAAAAAGACACUCAAACUCUCUCUUGAUGGUUUCCUUCUUUAUUCUCUAUUCUAUGUUCUUCCUGUGUUCUUUCUACUGUAUAUUUUUUCUCUAUAGCUUAUAUACCCCAACAAAGUUUUUCAGGCAAUAUAGGAAUUCCAAUGUGGUUACAUUCUAUUUUUCAAGUGAUUGACUACAACGAAUACAAAACAAACAGUAAAAAUAGCAUGAUUAAACAUUUUACAUAUUAAAGGUGAAAAACAAGUUAUCCAAGAACCCACGCACAUUCAUAACCAAGCAACUUGUUAUAAAUUAACUGUGUGGGCAAGCAAGCUAUUCUCAGUCAGGUCUUUUACUGGCAGGCUACAUUUUGCAGUUACAAAGAAAGGACCAAUUACUUUAUUACUUCUCUUGAAAGGUAAUCUUAUAAGGAAUCUUGAAUCGCAAACAUAAGCUUUUAUACAUGAAAAACAAUCAGUCAGCUGUACUUUAAAUCUUUAGGGUACAUACCCACUCAUCAAUAGUUUUCUUUAUAUCAGGAGAUUGAGAGCAAACAUGAAUAUAAGGAAUUAAUCAUCACCUUUGAACAUUAAUCAACCGUAGCAAGGAAAGUAUGUCAGCUAGUAAUAAUUGGAGUGCUUUGUAUUUUUUACCUUAACCUAAUGAAUCUAUAACUCAGCAAUAUGUCCUUGUGAACUUUAAAUUGUUUUCUGCAGUUUUUCAUCUCAAAGCUAUUAUCAAAACAUCUGUUAUAGCCUGAAGUUACUUAAGGCUUUGUUUCAGCUAAUGUUACACACCAAAACCUGUGACUACAUCUUUCAGGAUUAAGAGAAUUAGAGCCAGCCUGGCUCUUGGGGACUCAGUUGUUUUCCUUAAUCAUUAACCUGAAUUUCGAUCUAUGCCACUCCUUAGGUGAAACUCAUAGGACCUAGGUGUGUGACAUUUCCUUGUAUAAUAUUUUUAUUUGUCAAAAUUCUGUAUAAGCUAACAUUAUUAUUAUCCAUCAGACAAUACAAUUUAGGAAGGAAUCAUCUUCAUGACAAUACACAGAUAAAAAUGCUCAGCAGAACAAGAUGUUUCCAUGAGAUAAACAUACUACAUUACAGGCAGGGAGGAUCUCCUCACACCCAUUCACACCAUGCCAGAUAUCAGAGGAAGAUGGCAGGGGCAAACAUGUAAAGGCAUAGCAGAAGCAAAAAACAUUCUGGAGCCGGGCUGUGGUGGCGCACGCCUUUAAUCCCAGCACUCGGGAGGCAGAGCCAGGCGGAUCUCUGUGAGUUCGAGGCCAGCCUGGUCUCCAAAGCGAGUUCCAGGAGAGGCGCAAAGCUACACAGAGAAACCCUGUCUCGAAAAACCAAAAAAAAAAAAAAAAAAAAAAACAUUCUGGGAUCUGGGGUCUCAGGGCCUUGCCUAUCUGAGAUUCACCCAUCAGGGCUUUUCCUCCUAGUGGGCUGACAACCUGAAGUCAGUUGCCACCUGCUGCUCCUCUGACAUGGCCACUGGCACAUUUAAAAUAAAAUUAAUGCUUAAUUGAGUUUUUAUACAUGAUAUUGGAUUAUAAAAUGUCUCCAGUAGUAUGUUGCCUCUUAGAAAUUAUGUAUAUCCAGGCUUGUAGAUAAAAGGUGGCUCACUAACAGAAAGAAUUGUAAUACUGUGGUUGUAGAUACUGACACACUUUUCAUAAUGUCAUUUCACUUUAUGUGUGAAAAUACACAUUUAGUAGCUAAGCUAGCCCUAGCCAUACCCUGGAAUUAAGAUGUGAGUUGAGAAAAAAUAGAGGUCCAAUGCAAAUUGAUCACAAAUGUGAAUAUCCUUUACAUAUGGCUAAUGACUAGCAUAAUAAAUACAUAGGUUUAAACAGCUAUCAGAAAUUGAGACAUCCAGCCACAGCUAACACAUACAUGAAAGAAAACUUUUCUUUUUUGGUUUUUCAAGAAAGGGUUUCUUAGUGUAGCCCUGGUUUUCCUGGAACUCACUCUGUAGACCAGGCUGGCCUUGAGCUCAUAGAGAUCUGCCUGCCUCUGCUUCCUGGAUAGAGUGUUGGAAUCAAAGGUGUGUGCCACCACCUCCUGGUUUGUAGGUGUCUUCUAAAAGUUGAAUUUGUGUUUAUUUUUCUGUUUGUCUUAAGUAGACACUGGAACCUAACUUAAGCAGACCCCAGGCCAUUUCCUUGCAUGAGCUGAAUCCUCCUCAAAAAUGAAAACAUAUUUAGAAUAAAAAAGAAAUUAUA